ACAACAUUGUCAUGAUAAAGUCCUGUAUAAUGAUCUUCCCACAUCAAUCAGCUGAUAGAGCCUCUGUCUCUCCGAAUUGUAGUGUUUUUUCAUUCUUUUUCAUCUCAGAUCGUUUAUUAUUCGAUCGUUAAAAAGUAAUUUUUAUUAAGAUCCCUAGCAGAUUUUGUGACCAGUUUUUCUGUCGUUUUUGUACAAAAGUUGACCAGAUCAUCAUUUGUGGUUGGACUGAGAUGGAGGAACUGGAGACCAUUGGGCAUUCCAGUCGUUCCGACCAAGAAUAAUCGUAGUAGAAACUCGAGAAUUCCGACCACGAAUAACGGCUCUACCAUGGGGCUCUACUUUUUAUAUACAAAAGCGACUAUAUAGUUCAAUUCCGACCACAAAAAACUGGUCACAAAAUCCGCUGGGGAUGAACCAUGUGGUUGGCACAAAAUUUCCUGAAGGACUGGGCUUUUAUGAUCAUCUGACUUCGUUGCCGAUGUAAUAACAAAUUGUAAACAUCUAUCAUAUGAUUAUUUUCUAUAUGCACAACUUCCUAUAUCAUUUUAUCUAACAAUUUUAUUCCGCAUAAUCCUAAUCUCUGUGUCAAUAUUUUGAUUUUUUCUACUCACUGUUUUCGAUUUGAUUUAUUAUUUUCAAAAUUUUGUUAUUCAUUAUCUAUUAUAUAGCUUUGAUUCAAUUCGGUUUCAUGAGUUUUAAUCUAACUUGUUGAGAAUUAUUCUUGAACACAAAAAUAUAAAUAAGUCAUGGAAUAAACAUAUUUUAAGGUUAUAUCAGUGUUUUCAAUAAUCAAAAACAAUAGAACAAGCUGAGCUUGCGCAAGGAUUUUUGAAAGAGAAUCUUUGGCAAAAAAACACAUAAGCCAUGAAUUCCAUUAACAAGGAUUCAGAACCUUGUUCAUUAACACCAAGCAAAAAAAUUGGAUCCCGCAGAUGUUCGGUGUGCGACAAAGAAUUCCAGAAUGAAAAAAGUUAUUUCGGACAUUUAAGAAUUCACAGUAAUCAAGGAAAUUCAAGUUGCAAUGGUUGUACAGGAUCAAGAAACUUUAUAGAGCCUAUUUCUCAGCUGAAAAGUGAUGAAAUUUCUUGGUUCAGUUUGACAAAGCCGUUUAAAUGUGCAGUUUGCGAGAACGUUUUUGAUCGAGCGUCACAGCUGGACUAUCACCGGAGAAGCGUGCACUUGGGAGAAAAGUCCCAAAUUUGUCAAAUAUGCGGGAAGGGAUUUUUCCGAAAAAAUGAUUUACAGACGCAUUUGAAUGUUCACCUGGGUACGAAUCAAUUGAUUUGCGAAAUAUGCGGAAGAAAAUUUAAUCAUGUUUCAAAUUUGAUUAGACAUUGUCGGACUCAUGCGGGCUCAAAACCCUAUCCUUGCACAAUUUGUGGCAAACGUUUUACUCAAAUAAGCUCUUUGUCAAGGCACAAGAAUAUUCAUGGACGAAAGUUGAGCGAGGAGAAACAAAAAAAGAAAACUGGAAUUAUCCUGACCUGCGGAGCUUCAAUGGAGGAAAGAAAAAUAAUGAAACGCCAACACUACUGUUGUGUCUGCGGUGAAACAUUCGAAUUUAUGAUUCUAUUGAGACAGCACAAAAGAAUUCACGCGAAAAUUCCUGAAAAAAUGAGUAUAGAAAACUUUUGCAACCGGCAAGAUGAAAAAUUGAUUUAUCAUGACAAUACCGUUGAAAAUUCCAUGGAGAAUUUCAUGGAGUUGGACAAAAUGAAUUCUAUCGAAGUUGAACGUGAUGUUAGCAUUUUAGAUAUUCUCAGCCCUUACAACUGCAAUGACAUUGAAUUGUCCAACGAAGAAAAUCUUGAGGAUAAAUUGUAUGGAAAUAAUUCGUCUGGGCGAGAAGUAGAGAAACAUUACGAUAUUGCACAAUGUUUGGAACAUUCGGAUUUAUCAUCGAGCCAUGUUUCGCAAUUGGUAGAUUCAAUGAAUCAAAAAAGCCGGGCACAAAUAGACAAAUGCGGCGAAAAAUCGAACGGAAUCGAGAGCGACCGAAUUUAUCAAGCUAAGGUCACUCCGAAAAUGAAAAUUCCAUCGAAUAAAGUUUACACCGAAGUUGAAGGAAUCCCAAGCGUUGAUCUCCAAGAAAUUCGUUUUCAAAUGACCAGCGAGAGGGAUCAUGAGGGAAAUAUAAAUGUGCAGGGUGCAGGGAAGACAGCAAUGCUAUCAAAAUAUUUGAAUAUGAGUAGAACCGAGACUGAGACAGAAGACAAACAUUUUUACGAAUUAAUAAUCAAUAAUAAAUGCAACGCUUUCGAGAGCGUGAGCACUGAAAAAAAUAAAGAAGAGUUUUUCUCAGAAAUCGACCAGAAUGAUAGUGGACAUUUGGGAAACGGGAAUACGAGAUUUGGAACGACGAGCGAAUUUCACGAAUAUUCACCAAACGUGGAGACUUUUCGAGAGAUGGAAAAAUCUCCGGAUCCGGAAAAUACGCCAAUGGUUCGUCUCGUUCAGAAUGAAGAUGGCGAGCAAUUUUUUGAGCUCGUGCGAGAACCUUUGGAGUACGAGAAAAAUCGAGGAAUCGAUAGAAAUACGGAAACUUUAUCGGUUUCCGGUUUAAUUGAAGAAAAUACAAGAAACUCAAGAGCUCCAAAUGCAACUAAUUCAAAUUCUGGAAACAGGAAGGAAAAGAAAGAAAUUUUCAUAGAGAAUGGGCCAAAAGUUGUGAAGGAUCGUACUCGUAAAUUUAAAUGCAACGAAUGCGACAAAUGGUUUUCAACUGCUUAUAAUUUUAAACAACACGCAGGGACUCAUUUCUUCGACCAACAGAAAUACAGAUGCGAAUAUUGCGGCGUUUCCUUCGCUUGGAAAUCUACUCUUAAUAAACAUUUGGCUGGAAAUCAUCGUCCCGACGGACCACAAAAAUUUGUUUGUGAAAUUUGUCCAAAGGUCUAUAGUACGCUCUCACAGGUUAACGAGCACGUGAAAAGAGAUCAUUUGAAGGAACGAAAUCACGUGUGCACAUUGUGUGGAAAAUCAUUUUUUAAGAAAUUUGAUUUGAAAACACAUAGUCGAAUACACACGAAAGAGCGACCGUACAUUUGUCGGGCUUGUGGCAAAGGUUUUCAUCAUCAGAGUCAUAUUAUACGCCACGAGCGUAUACAUUCGGGCGAACGCCCUUACGAGUGUCAAAUUUGUCAAAAAACUUUUACCCAACCAAGUUCGUUGAAAUCUCAUCGACAGAGGCAUCGAGAAGUCAGGAUAGACAUUUUGGAGUAUCGAAUGGACGAAGAUGAUCCUCUUACGUCGGCUGUGCAAUAGCAUUUAAAUGAAGAAAUAAAACAGUAGAGGAAAAAAGGUUUAUAAAAUUGUUCAUCGAAAUUGCUAAAAGUCUAGUUAAAAUGAUUAACAAAUUUUAUGAAUAAAAUAAUUAUAUAGAUAAUUAUUGCAUUGGUUACAGAUUGUUUUUAAAUCAAUCCCGGAAAAGAAAUGCUCUUUGGAUUUUAAAUAAAAAUGAGCUCAAAAUUUAUCAGCUGUUAUCACUGGAAAUUUUAUUUUACGAUUUUUCAAUUGCCCUUUACUUUUUCCAGCUCUUACAGCACAAAAAAGAUCCUUUGUAACUCUGGCAUGCCAGAAAUCAUAAUUAACAUUUGUAUGGACCGUGGGAUAGGAAUAUCUAAAAUGACCCCAGAACCCCUAAUUUUUUAUGAAAAAUGUGCUUCUUAUACAAAGGGAAGAUAUUUCCUGAACUUGGAAUCAUAAUUUCAAUAUUGUUGUAAGGCCGAGGAUUUUGUAAAUGUAAAUUGUCAAUUUUUACUCAAUAAACUGUUGCCCUUCCGGGA